GCACUAGUCUGGAAAAAUUAUGGAGACAAAACCCUUCCGGCGAAACGGCGAGAGACCAUCUCGGUCAAAUUCUUCAGAAAAUCGACCACAAUUUUACAAGUUUAUCUUUUCCCAUGAACUGACCAGACUAAGGUUUCCCUUGGAGUUUGUUAGAAGACAUGGAAGGAAUCUGCCCAAGGUGGCCUGUCUUGAGGUUCCAACUGGAGAAGUGUCCAAGAUUCACGUGGUUCAUGAUUCCCAAGGUCGUAUUUGGUUAGCCAAAGGCUGGGAGGAAUUCACCAAGAACUACUCCAUUCGAGAAGGGCACUUUCUGGUGUUCAGAUAUGAUGGGGAAUCCCACUUUCAUGUUCUCAUAUUUGACAAGACUGCUUCAGAAAUUGAAUAUCCACAGAUUAUCGUUUCCCAUGGUGGCGUUGAGAGCCUGGAGGAUUUAGCCCAGAAAUGUGGCCCAAACAAGAGAAAGAGGCAAGAAGAUCAGACUGAGAGUUUCUGCAACAGAUUCAACCAUGUGAGAGUGAAGGUUGAGAACUCACCAGAUGAUGAGGAUGAGGGCUCACCUCCUCGGAUGACUCCUAAAAUCAGUACUGGUGAGAAACAGAGCUUGGUUAAGACAGAAAUGGGUUUAGCCUAUCAAAGGGCAAAAGCUUUCAAGUCCAAAAACCCUUUCCACAUUUCUGUCAUGUAUCCAUCUUAUGUUUCCUCUGAAAAUAGAUUGAAUAUUCCCUUGGCAUUUGCUAAGAAACACUUUCUUGAUCAGUCGCCUAAUGAUUUCGUGCUGGUUUCGGGUGGGAGAUCAUGGCCUGCAAAAUGCACUCGGAAUGGAAACCAUGCCAGAAUUUAUGGAUGGAAGGCAUUCGCCGUGGACAACAAAUUAAAAGUAGGCGACGUCUGCAUCUUAGAGAUCAUGAAAUGCCAGAAAUUGACUAUACUCAAUAUCAUUGUAUUCCCUGCAGAUGAGAUAGAUGAUUAAGGAUGCACAAUUUGGUUAUUAGUAAUUGCCUCCUCCUGCAGGUUGUCUUCUUAAGUGUGACUUGUGUUUUCUGUUUUUGUGUAUGAUAUGUAUGUGAAGUAGUUGGAUAUGAUAACCUGUAGACUGUAGUGCUGCUGCCUGCUUAUUCUGGUUUUUGGUUCACGUUGGUUUUCAU